UGAGCGAGGUUUCGGUGUGACGGCUCCUUUAAGAAAACGGAACUGAGCCUCGGCUUUUGACGCUGCCGAGGAUGUGGGCAGGAAACGCCAUGCAAGAGCAGAGAAACGAUCACGCUUCCCAGCACCGUUGCACAAUACAGUGCGAUCAAAAUGCGCUUUAAUCCGCCACGCUAAUGUCCAGGAGCGGUCGUUCUCCUCGGAUCUCUCCCCCGCGGCCGUCACACAGCAGGCUUGGAGGAUUCGCCGGCUUGGGAGUCGAGUACUAUCCGAGCGAGAGGGCAGCCUUCCCAGCCUGCUCGGGUUGAAAACAUCGGGGCUGGUCAGCGGGUGGGAGAGAGAGAGCAGGAGGCUCUUUCGUCGCGGAAAAGAAGGGGGGGAAAAAAAGGAGGUGUCUGCCUUUUUUUUCUCUUUUCUUUUUUUUUCUCCUUCUCUCCCCCCACCACCACCACCACCCACUAACACCACCACCACCCCAACCCCACAGCCAUGAGGGAGUACAAAGUGGUUGUUUUGGGGUCGGGCGGAGUCGGCAAAUCCGCGCUGACGGUCCAGUUCGUGACGGGCUCCUUCAUCGAGAAGUACGACCCCACGAUAGAGGAUUUCUACAGGAAGGAGAUCGAGGUGGACUCGUCCCCGUCGGUGCUGGAGAUCCUGGACACGGCGGGGACCGAGCAGUUCGCCUCCAUGAGAGAUCUGUACAUCAAGAACGGGCAGGGUUUUAUUUUGGUCUACAGCCUGGUGAACCAGCAGAGCUUCCAGGACAUCAAGCCGAUGAGAGACCAGAUCAUCCGGGUGAAGAGAUACGAGAGGGUGCCGAUGAUCCUGGUGGGGAACAAGGUGGACCUGGAGGGGGAGAGAGAGGUGUCUUCCGGGGAAGGCAAGGCGCUGGCCCAGGACUGGAACUGCCCGUUUAUGGAAACUUCAGCCAAAAAUAAAGGAUCAGUCGACGAACUGUUUGCAGAAAUAGUCAGACAGAUGAACUAUUCAACUGUUCCCAGUGGUGGAGACCAGUGCUGUUCAUGUGUCCUGCUCUAAACAAACAAACAAACACCAUACAGAAACAGUGCAUCCGGGCUGAAUUUGAGCUUAUAACUUGUACUGCAGGCUUAACUAUUCUCUCUGCUCACACUGUUGUCUUAUUGUUGCACACACACACACACACACACACACACACACACACACACAACACACACACACACACACAAAUCGACGACGACAACAAUCGAUUAUGUAUUAUAGUCUGGAAAAGUGUUUACAUGACAACGUACUUGAAUGUUUUGGGAUUUUUUAUAGCUUUGUAUAUGACACUUCUCUGGAAAUGUGCCUCAAUGGGAAUGUCUUAUUGUGAAACCUAAGAGACACCUGUUUUCUGGUUAUUUCUUCUGUUUGUUUGUUUUUUGUUGUGGUUUUUAUUUGUUGAGUUGUACUGUUGCAUCUUCUGGGCUGGGUCCAUCUGUCUUGGACAGUGGUGGUGGUGGUGGUUGGUUGGUUGGUUGGUUGGUGGGAGGGAGGCAAAAGCUGGGAUUGGUUACUUUUAAGAGACCUGAAAGUGCUUCAAAUCGCUCUAAACGCAUCAAUCACCACUCAAGCCUUGCACAGGUUACUCAAAUCCAAUCCGAUUGCCACAAUUUGUGCCCCCCAAAAAAAAAAAAAAAAAGGUCAAGUGUGAUCCAAGAGGCGCAGACCCACCCACUUAAGAUACUGUAUUUGAAGCUGUGGACUGUGGUGGAGUUGUGAUACGCCUUCAUAUUUUUUUGUUUCCCCCCACCCUCUCUCUCCAGUCUGGUGAAAGUGGAUUUAUCACGGAACUUGCACUUAGCUGACGGUGUCCCUCUCCUCAGUGUGCACAAACAAGGACCUUAGUGCAUUGCUGUCGCUGCAUGGGGGGAAAACGCCACGACCCCCCAUGUCAAGUGCCUUCCUAAGAAAAACUCCUGUGACUGUGCCAACUGAUGAGCCCUACUUCCUCUGCAGUGCGUCUUGAUGGCAAUCAGAACUUUUUAAGCAGUUUUCAGUAUACGUUCUAGUUUCAUUUGGUGUCAAAGUGUGAAGAGCCUCUUACUAUCUUAUUGUCAGGAAGCUAAGCUUGUAACAGACCUGCUGUUUUAGGGUCAGAUUCAGGCCGUUUCUCGAGGUACUAGUCCCAACAAGAACAACAGAGUAACUUUAACCUACUAGCAUUUAUUUGGUUCAGUGAAUGGCAAGCCAUGUCUGUAUUAUCUAGAUUUUUUUUUUUGUUUUCUUUUCUAAAAAAUGUGACAUCUUUUGACUUACCGUAAUUGUAAUUCUCCCUUUGGACAAAUCUUCUGCCAUCCACCUGUCAAAGACUUGUAAUACAAAACGCAUUUUACGUAACGCUGUGUGCUGUGCUUGUCUCUGCUGAUAACAUAAAGUCUCUACACUUUUAAGAGUA